AUGGCCGAAGGUCCUAAAGCCCCGGCCAGGAACCCUUUUCGACCUCCCGAACCUCCUGCUGUCUUUUAUGGGUCGCUGGAUCCGGGGAACCCGGUGGUGGCUAGAUUUGAGAAAGACCUGAAUGAGUGCCUGACCUUCUUGCGGCGAAACCGGGAAGCGGAGAAUGCCGGCUCCAAGUCGCAGGAGCUGCACAGGCGAGGAUCAACAACUUUGUUUAAUGUUUGGAACAAGUACAAGUACCGAUUUCCAGACUGGUAUUACAAAGAAAAACUUGUGAAAGUUGGUGAUCAGCUCAUGGAAAUAAAAGAAUAUAAGCUGGCCCUUGUAAUGUGCUAUGGGCAGUAUCUUCAAUUGAUCAGUACCACAGACAUCAACAUGCCUGAAUUAGAUGUGCACCAGUUUCACUCUAGUUUUUUCCCAAAUGGAGUUAGAGAUAAAACAGCUGCAGUUACACUCCAUGUGUUGCAAGCAAGAAAUGUUUGCAUGUACCGAAUGGUAUGCCACGAUGACAAGGAUCUUCUUAAUCAGGAGUCUUUGAAAUCAUGUUUCACCAUCUUGACCAUAUUUCAACUCAUCAUGCAGAUCACUCUGCCGCAUGAGCAUUUGUGUUGGAUUGUCUAUAAUGGUACAAUUUAUAUUUAUACCAUAUGUAGACAUUUGAUGACUGUUGGUCAAUCUGCUAAGGUGCUGGAAUAUUUACUGUGGUCCUGUGUAUGUAUGGAGUCAUCCGUUCCACUUUUAGCUGUACAUUACUUGACAUGGAGGACCACACUUUAUGCUGCUGUUUGCCAGUGUUACUAUGACUGCCAUUUGGGCAUUUAUGGAGAGGUAUUUGCACGCCGUGGUCUGAGCAAAAUUGAUGAACUAAAACAAAUGGAAAACAUGAGUUCGUCAUUAAGCAUGGAAACAAAGCAAAUAUUCAAAGAAGCCACUGUGAAGAUGGCUGCAAUGAUCUUAAAAAGAUCUGCAUUUGAACCCAGAAGAAAACCAAAAGGGUUUAUUCGACCAAGAGUGAAAACUAAUAUAAGAGAGUCACAAUAUCUGCCAUGGCCUCGUUCAAUUACAGAAAGACUACUACUGGAAUUUUUUGACUGUAAUUCGUCUCAUUUUUUUGCUAUAUUGGAAGCUCUGUUUGAUAUAAAUAGGAGGACACUGAUGCCUGGCCCUCCUAUUCCUGAUGAAAUAGAAAUUCGUGAUGUGGUUUCAGAGCUCUUUUUUGCCGGCGUGGACAUUGUUUCAGGUGGUGUGUUUGGAGUCUCAUCCUCUGACCAUCCUGGUGUAAUAACUGCAUCAUCAUCUCUUAUGGAGCUAAUAUUAGCAGGGAAGAAUUCUGUUACUGGUGAAGCUACCUUGAGGUUUAUAAAGAUGGCUUUCAGCUAUGAAGAAUGGGAUGCAUUUGAUCAAGCUGCUGGACUGUUUUAUACUUUUAUUAAGAGUCAAGAUAAUUCAGUUUGGAAGAAGGCAGAAGCAGAACUGAAAUUACUUCUUAUAAUGCAGUCUUUACUAUCUCCACGAAAACCAAGGCAUAAUUUGUGUGUCCAGGAAAAUAAUAUCAGAGAUGUAGUUUUUGCUCGAAGCUCAAGGAAAAAAGCCAUGGCUUUUCAAGCAUCAGGAAAAGCCGGAGAAACUAUUGAUGAUGUUUUUCGAUUGGCAAAGACACUGUAUUUCAUCAUCUGUAAAGAGGGCCUCCAGCCAGACAGAGAAAUGGUAACAGAUGCAACUAUGUUUUUAUGGCAAAAAUGCAAGAAAGGAAUCCAGAAGAUCCUAGUGAGUGGAAGCAACUACUUAAAGACUGCUCGUAAAUACCAAACCUCCAAGUGGGUUCAUAUACUUUAUAUUCUUAAUGAAGUAAUUCACACAAUUAAUUUUGGAGAUGCUAAUGCUGUGGUGAUGGCUGAAGUUGCCUUACGUCUCACUGAAGUGUUGGAGAAUACAGCAGGCUAUGCACUCAAACCUGAAACAGCAAGUGAAAAAAGGGACUCUAUAGCAUUAUCAGAAUUCUGUAUUGGAGAUAUGCCUUCAUUGUUGCAGAGAUGCCCUUCAGAACAGUUGCAUUUAACUUACGAGUGUCUGGACAGAGCAAUUAGUGCAAUGAUACACGCUCGCUCAGUUUUGCCUGCUAGGACAUCAGUGUUGGAUAACUGGUGCAAGAAGCUGACAUUCAAUGAGCUAAAUUUAAAUGGGUCUCCAGAAAAUGAAACUGCUCAGAAAUCAAUGAUAGGAAACAAUUUUAUUAUGGAUUUACAUCUUGAACUUAUUCUGGCUCAGCAUCGAGUAUCUAUUAAACUACUUAACUUGGCACAAGAUGCUCAGUAUGAUAAAGGCAUUCAAUUAAAUUAUCCUGUGAAAGAUGUGAAACAAUUCAAAUGUUUGGCAGAACAAGAUGUGAUGAACAAAAUAAAAAAGAAUAAAUUGUCCAAAGCACUCUUCCUGAUGCAGAAGGCUAUGCUGUUGCUUCCAGCACAAUUAGCCAAAUCUUCUCCAAACCAGCUCCUUGAGGAAGCAUUUAUUUUAAUUCAGAAGACAGAAGCAGAACAAAAUGCAUUAUGUAUCUGUCUCCAACAAUCUGCGACUAGUGUAAAAAGCAAAGUUCCACCUCCUCCUAUAUUGCUUUCCAGAUGUCAUUGGUCCAUAUCAUUUAAACCGGCUCCAUUUAUUUCUGAUGUAAAGGUUUCAUGGUAUGCCAUUUUUGGAUGUGUAGCACAAGGAAGUAUUCCAAAAGUGCGGUUAAAUCAUUACAAUCUUCAGAACAGUGCAGAACUGGUACAAGCUGAUGAAAACUGCAUCUUAGAAGUUAAAGAUUUAGAACCCAAUGAAAUGUACAUAUUUGCAGUUGCAGCAUAUUCCUCCGAUGGAAAACUUAUUGGUGAUGGCAUUGGGGAGACCACAAAACCAAUUCUUGCAUACCCACCUCUUUCUGCUGCUACUGUCCGUGCGUACAUGGUUCAGUGUGCUUUUCUGACUGAGAACUAUACUUUAUCUAAAAAGGCAUUUCAACCCCUAUGGGAUUAUUUUGUCUCACGUUCUCAUACUUCUGCUGUGGAUGCUGAAAUUGUUUCUAUAAGCAGCAGUUUGACCAUAUCUCCAUACAGGUUAAAUCCUGAUACUUUAUAUCAUGCUUCUCCAAACCUCUUAUACCUGUUUCUCAGGAGCAUUUUUGUUAUCAAUGACAUCCGUGUGAGUGAUAGCGCUCUCUUCUGUGAUUCGAUUUCUUUCAGUGAGCUAAAAUAUAGCAGACAGGUUGCUAGGUUAGCUGAAUGUGAGAGGAUGCUAAUGGCGCUUGAACUCAGUAACUGGUUAAAUGAUGUGCAGUAUGCCCUGCAGGCUGUUGUUCAUUGCUAUGGCCUUAUAGCUCCCCUGAUCUUUCAUAGGAUUCACUCAGUUCCACUCAUUCAGGUUAUCAUUAAGUGUCUCACAUUUCUUCAAGAAAUCCCUUGUAGUACCCUGCAAAGAAAAUCAGCAGCUGGUUAUGAGAGUAUUCAGCACAUGAUAGCUUGCUGUUCUUUUUUCACAGCUAAGGUACUGCGGUCAUGGAAUGAAUAUGAAUUAGCAAUAGUUAUUAUCAACUAUGGGAAAAGGUUAUUGGAUUCCUCUCAGACCAGCACUCAGACACCUGCACCUGAAGGAGUGGAUGAAAUACUAGAAGAUGAGACUCCUUCCAGAAGGCUGAAGUCACAAAUAGCUGCAGCUGAAAAAGUAAAUGAGAAUUUAGAGGCUUUGGAAAGCACACUGCUGAGUCUGACGAAACCAGGACAGGAACUUACUGGAGAGGAAGAUACACUAUUAUUGUAUCCUGUUAUUAAAAACUGGCAUACAAAGAUUGCUUAUAAGGAAGUACUAAAAUUUAAGAAGAGUCCCCGCUUCCUUGAAUAUUUUGUUCAGUUUUUGCUCCGAGUUGUUAAUGAAGAAAGGUUUUCACGAAUAAUAGAGUGGGCAGAUGAUAUACAAGACUACCUUAAAAAACGCAAUAAAUUCCUCCUCGGUGUCAAGCGGAAAAAAAGGACAAAACUAAUCAUAGACACAAAGAAGGCUGGAGCAAUGGAUUGGUACAAACUGCCAGGAGGACUGAUUGCUAAGAAGAAAUCAAAGAAGAAAAAAGAUCAGUUUAAAGGUGGUUCAAAACACGAGGGCACCACCAAAAGUCUGGAUGCACAGAGGAAAGAGAAAGAGGAAUUACGAAGAAUGGCUUUUCACGUACUUAUACAAAAGUUGAAUUUUUUUGCGGAAGUCUUCUUAAAACGAAGAAGGUUCCAACAAAUUUACCUUGAAGAGAUGCCAUGGAAAGCGCAGAUGAACGUUUAUCUAGCAAACAUCCAUUUCAUUUUGUUUAAAAAACGGAUAGAAGAGCUCUACAGUCUUGAAAUUCAUCCUUUACAAAAUUUGAACAGAUAUGAAGUUCUAGACCCUGAAAAAUUCUCCUUAAACAAUUCAGGCACAAUAGUGGUGCGAGCAGCAAUACAGGAAGUAAAAAAGAGUAAAAGCACUUCAUUUGUAAAAGCUGGACCAUCAGGAAAAUCCAGGAAAAAAACUGGUCAAGACUUCCUUGCUGUUCUUUGUCCAGACACACUUGACCUGACUUCCCCUACCUUCAGCCCUGGUCCUUCCUUGCCUGCUUCUGACCCUACAUUACAGAGUUCUUCCUUGGACACUGAUUCCAGCUCAAGCCUACUUGACCACAAUGGUUGUCUCCUCCCUGAAAGUGGGGCCUCGAUGCAUCCCACCAAUCUGACUCAGCUGUCACCUUCUGUCACAGAUACAGAUUACUCUUCUGAGCACAGCCAUAAGUCAAAUGAAAAACAUGUUCCUCGAUCCCCAUCACAUAUCACAGUCAAGGAACGUGAACGAGCUCUUGCCACUGCUGCUCUGCUAGAUCAUUUUACGAAACUAUGUCUGCAUCUCAGAAGAGCUGUGGUUACUGCUCAUCGUGGUGGCCACUGGACAUUGCUUCAGAAUGCCUGCCGAAAUCUUUGGAACUACACUCAGGAAAUACAGGCAAUGGCUGAAAAUUUACAUGGACCAUUUCCUAUUACAAGGGAUAUUUUACUUAAUACUAUUUGGUUACCAUACUACAUGGCAUCAGAUUCACUGCUUGAUAUGAUAACUGAGCUUCAGCUCACCAAUUCUAUUAAGAUUAUUGAAGAUGAAGGAGAUUUCUGUGUUCCAAGUUGCGUAGGAGGCAUUGCUGAAGAUGAAGGUGGUUUUAAUUUGUUUUUUGAAAAUCCACUUGAUGAUGUGAACAUUGUUGACUUGAAAGGAGUACAUGACUUGAUCCUGAGAACUUUAGAAAUUCUGUUUCAUUUGAAGAAGUGGGAAUCUUUAGCAUGCUUAGCCCUGCAAUUUAACACUCUUACACAUGAGAGAUAUACAGAGCUAGUGACUCCUUUGCUGGUGUUUGCUCAGAGGCAGCUGCAGGAAAGAAUUCAACAUCUUAAAGACCCUGAAAGCUCUCAGCUUGAUUUCAAGCCAGUUUUCUUUGACAGUGACUCUGUAAACAAGGUGCCUUGCAGACACUACUUUGCGACCAAGCUGCCUGUUGUUGGAAAACGUAAUGCAAGAUCACCUGAACACCAUUUCCACAAAUCAGGUGACAAUUUAGCAAGAUCACUUGUUUCUGUUCCUCUGAAUGUGACAGAUUCGCUGAAAUGUUUCCGAGAGAGCCUAGAAAAAUCAAAACACCAUAGCAGAGCCCUUAAAUAUAGCAGGAAAUUGCUUUCAUUAUUUCUUGCUGAUACACAAGAACACUUUGGAAUUUUAAACACAAUUUUAAAAAGCCAGAUGACUUUAUCUGGGAAAGUCGGAUUUAUUAUGGGAGAUGAGUUGACGUAUCAGCCAGAACCACCUGAUCUGUCUGAAGAAAGUUUUACUUUUCUUAGUAUGGUUCAAAGCAAGUCAAUUCCCUGGUCAAAACUGUCAGUAGUCGUCUCCUCAUAUGAGUAUACACUUGAAGCUCUUCAAAUCGGUGACCAGCAAGGCCUCAGAGUGCAGGCUCUUCAUGAACUUGGAAAUCUUCAUUUUUGUACAGGAAACAAAAGAGCUGCUUUCAAAUGCUGGACUCAAGGCCUUGAUGGAGUCCUCAAGAUAGACGACACACUUCAUCGCUGGCAUGAGCUAGCUGGCUCGUCAGAGAAUGCCAUUGGCAACUUGGCAAAUAGAUCUCAAGGUUACUGUGAGAAAUUCAUUGUUCGAGCUGGAAUUUGGGGAUGCAUUCAAGGAGCUGUGUUAGCAGCUAAAAUUGCUCAGCACAUCUUGUUACAUGAUAUAAAAUUAAGGACCAAAGCUUGCAUUUUAUCUGCUCUGCUCUUCAAGUCCCUUUUUAGAGCUUCAUUGCCACAUCCUGCAGCUGAUUGUGACUUUGCUCAGUAUGAAAUCAGUGAAUUAAUUCCUGGCACUGAUCUGUUUGUGGAUAACUACAGAGCUGAUGUUGCAUCAGUCGUUGCGAGUCUGAGUUUCAUUAUGUUUGAACUGAAUUGUUGUAAGCAAAAUCUCAUCAUUUUGCCACUCUUUUCACUGUAUCAAUACUUUGUUUCUGAAGUUUGUCAGAAUGCAAUUAAAUGUAUUGAAGGAAGGAUUCUCAAGAUAAAAGUGCUUACAGAUUUAGGAUUUUUCUCUGAUGCGUACCACGAACUGUGUAUUCUUAAUUUUGGAGACAAAAUCCCCUGGAAAGUGCCUGCAGGCUACAAGUUUGUUCCAUUUCAGACCUAUACAAAAUUUGAUUCAUCAUUACAUCUCUUAACAAGUGUAAAUCUACAGGUAAUUGAAGAUGUAUUUAACAGGCCUCUACAUUUCGUUUGGAGUUCAUUGUGUGAUUCACAAAUCAUAAAUAACUUAACAUUGGCAAAAAUGCAUUUCAUCCUUUCCCUUUCUGCAACGAUAAAUUGCAUUCCAAAAAGAGUGGCAAAAGUAGCAUACUGUAUGGACAGUGAUACCUUACGAAGGGGAGGCAAAACCACACCUGCACUUGUAAAAGGUUAUAUACCAACUGGAAAACGAAGUCAAACAGUCUUUAUUUUGGAACUUGAAAAAAAUAAAGAUUACUUAACUAUGGAAAUGCUGAAGGGUAUUUUAUUGGCAGAAGCUGAAGAAAGACUCAAUUUAAUUCUUGAAAGCAUCCAAAACCAAUAUGGCAGGAUUUCUCAGUGUUCAGCAGCAGACUUAGAGACUGUCAUUGAAGCCAAGCUUCAUCUUGCAAAUAUCGCUCAACAAAGACUUCAGACAGCUUUCAGUGCUGCUUUGGCCUUUUCCACAAUAAAACUCCUUCGAGAUGCAGAUGUCUUCAAGAAAAUGUCUGAUUUACCACAGGAUUCAGAGAAGCCUAAUGAACAUGGCAUUUAUACUGAGGGUUCCCAUCUGUUACAUAAUGUAAUAGCACAGGAACAUAUGAAUAUACAUCUAUGGCUGAGGUGUCGUCUGGCUUUAGUAACUGCAAUUACAGCACAGAUACGAGGAAUUGAAACAAUGACAGAUAAUGAACUGACAGAGUGCUCAUGUCUGAUCAGUGAGGUACAAAUGGAAGCUGAGGCAUUUAAUGAUAUUGAAAUAGUUGCUGAAAUUACAAUGCAAGCUGUCAUGCUAGGCCUGCAAGAAAGACAACCAGUGACUGACAUUAAGCUUCACCUACAGGAUAUAAUCAAAUUACUUGAUGAAAAGACACUCAUUUCACCUCCAGCUUGUUUAACAUUAGUGAAAAGUAUGCUUCUGUUAGCUGACAUAAUGAGGACACAAACAGAAGACGAGUCGAAACACAUUUCUAAAACAGAUCAACUGAAUUUAUUAAUUCUGGCACAUAGGCUUGUCAUUGAUCAGUUAUUUAUUUUGGGAGAAUCAAUUAAACAUCAUGCAGAAGACCCUACAUUUACGGCUCCAAAGCUGCCUUUAAAAAACAUAUAUCUACCACAUAUCAGAUUACUGGCUAAAGUCAAAAUGAGAAUUGGACAUUCACUAGCUCUAGAAGUAUCUUGUUCAUCUAAAAUAAAUCAGUCACAGUGGCAAAAAGCUCUCAGGCAUACAGAAACAGCACUGGAACUUUGUAGAACAUCAGUACAACGUGAACUAGACCUGGAAGCAGAGAUUCUUUUUUGGAAAGGGAAGUUAGAGCGACAGAUCACUGUAAUCAGUAACCAUAGAUCAACAUUAGCUGUCAAGACCUUGCUGGAAGCUAUCAAGCUAAGUCUGCGAAAUUACCAAAAUUAUGGAUUAAUAAGAAGAGCAUACUUGGAGGUAGCAGUGCUAUAUUUUUAUUUAAUUACAGCCAAGGCCGAAUCUUCAAGCUCUGUGAAGGGAAAAGCAUUCAAAGCAAAGGCUACCAAUGUACACUAUGCAAGUUCUGAUGAUUUUCUGGACCUGGAAAUGUACAGAGUUCAGGCGUGGAUUGCAGUCAGGGCUGCUGCACAGGUUAGUGAAGCUAUUCUAGCUUACCAGAAGUUAAUUGGAAGAAAGUCUGUUAAAUUAUAUCAAGUGAGAGAAAGAGUACAACGCAAAAUCCCAGAAUUUGCCCUUCUGGACCUUGGUCAUUCCUAUAAGGACUUCUUGUCUGGUGGAUAUGAAGUUACCUAUAAAGUCCAUUCUGUAGUAUCUUCUGUACAAGAACUGGAAGAUUGUGAUGGAGCUGAAAAUUCUUCAUAUGAGGAUGGCCAGGCCGGGCUGAAGAUAACCUGGAUUCACUUAAUUCGCUACAAUACUUACUUAAACAGGCUCUUGAACAUGACCCCUUUGCUUGCUGUUCCAAAAGCAGGAGAAGGCUUAUUUGCUAAAGAAAACAUGCUGUUCACUUCAGUGUUUGACACAGGAACUACUCUACGCGUAGCGAAAAUGCAUUCUUUCCUAAAAACCUGCUUGCCUACAUAUUCUGCCUGCUGCGUUGAAGAUCCCCCUGAACAACUGCACAGUUUUGAGCAAAUCCAUGGUAGUAUAAUAGCUCUUGCAAAGUCAACUUCAGAAGCUAUUGGAAUGUCACAUAGACUGUCAGAAGAACAAAUAUCUUUCUCUAGUUUAUGUAGCUCUCAGAUUUCAGGUUAUUUUGACAACAAGGCAACUUGUACUUCCCUGAGAGACCUUUGUAUUCAGUGGUACCUUCCAUCUGUGGAGAAAUCAUCAAAAGAAGAGACUAUGGUUUUGUUUGUCUAUGCUUACAAUAUAAAACCAGUCAAAAUUAUCAGCAUCACAAGUUUCCAUUCGGACAAUGUGUUUUGUGGUUAUCUGUGGAUUCCACUGAACAGUGUUGUUGCUGUGCGUGAAAAGUUGUCUAAUCUGAAGCAAAACAUUGAAAUGUUAAUGCACUCAACCACAAUGUCUCAUCUAAAAAGUGGAACGCAGCAUGUUCUUUUACCAGAAUCCGGCAGUAUUAUCUUAGGAGCAGUGAUUGAUAAAAAAACAGAGGAAAUGGUCAAGCAGUGUUUAUCAGAAAUCAAAUAUUUGCUCUCUGUGGGUUCAAAUCAGCCAACCCCAAUCAGUGAGAUCCCAUUUGACAUAUCUUUAACAGCAAUAAACAAUUUAUGGAAAUUAUUUGAUCCAGCUAAUGGGUGUGUGAUAACAGCAGGGAAUAUUUUCAACUGGAUAGUUUCUUUGCUGUCUUAAGUGAUCUUUCCAGAGGAAAAUGAAUGUGCAUUUAAUGGAGUUUGAUGGGGUUCUGGAGUCACAUCUUGUAUUAAUGAAAUAGAUAAAAAUUGCCUGUUAUAGGAAACUGUCCUCUGUAAUUUACAAAAUAUGUUUAGCAAUACUUUCAGUAAAAAUAUUAUGUAAUAUUGCUUUUUACAGCUUAACAGUAUUCUUUGGUCUUAAUUUUCCUAUGUUCUUAUUAUUGCAAAAGGUUAAAGCAUUGUUCUUCAUGAAUUGUAUGAUUCUGUUAGUUUCACUGAUACCUGUUUUAAUAGAACCAAAAUAUGUUUUUCUAUUGAAAUUUUACAAGAUUUACAAAAGAAACUAGAUUGGAUUCCCUUAAAGCUAAUAAAAUACUGUUUUAUCAUUUCUCAUAACUGCUUAAAAGUAAAUAAUCUUAAAUUAUAAAUACUGUCAUAUAGUAGUUUUUCAUGAACUGAAGCAUUUCCUUGUAUUUCUUUUAUUAUCUUUGAAACUUCGGAUGUUUUUGCUUUUCAGUUUUUGCUGCCUUUGUUGUGUUUUUUGAUUAAAAGCAACUGGAAUUAUCUGUAAAGAGGUCUUUUCCACUUACUUUAGACUAUGUCAACCAUUAAUUGUUGGACAUUUCAGUUUUUUUUUUAAAAAUGAGACAAUCACGAAGAGUAAAAUAGUAGAAUCUUACAAUACUCUAGAGAUACAGAGAUUUUGGCAUUCUUCACAUUUAGUUAGUUCCACUAGGGUUCCAAUACAGAGUAACCUGAUUUCUGUUCCUUGACUGACAUAACAGUUAUUGAUAGGUAAAAGAACUGUACAUCAGUAGUGAGUAUAAUUUGCUGCUUUAGAGUACCAUAUUCCCUUUUUAUGCUGAACAUAGUCCAGAUUGUUUCUAUGGGGGCUAUGACCUAGUCUGCCACUUCUCUUAUGGUAUUUCCAUGGUGCAUCUAAUUAGCUCAACUUAAACUUGCUAACAUGGUAGUCCUUACACAAUGAUUUCACACAACUGCUAAGAUUAUUAAAAUAACAAUUUUAUAGGCCAAUCCAGAGGGUGGAGGAAAUGGAGUUAAGGAUGUGGCAUGGGCUUGUGCUGAUGUAGGUUCCCACCCCACUAAUGUAAGGGGCAAACACGCAGGCAGAGAGGGUACCUAUGUCAGUAGGCAGAUGCUGCACACUUCCAUGGUACCUGAACCUGGAAGACUCCACCAUCUCAUGGCUCUGCCAACACACAAGGCCUGUCAGUGCACCAUGGAGUGGACUGGAGCGUUCCCAGGGAUGGAGUUGGCUUUCAGCCUGGGUAACCCCCUCCUCAGCCACAGACAUGUGCCACCAGAAGUGUGGCAUAAGUCCUUUUUUUGAAGGGUUAAUUUUCAGGAGUCUGGGAAUUUUCUUGGGUUUUUUUCUCCUCACGCUGCCUGAAAACCCUUUACAGGCAGUAGUGCCAUCCCUGGCUGCCGUGUGCUCUGGACUGGGCUAAUAGUCAAGUGUUUAGUACAGGGAGGUUGAAAACAUUCUUGUGCUAGGCUGUUUAGUGAUAUUUUGUAACUUAGAAAUGUAAACAGUGUUUUCUUUCCUACAUUUUAGAUAAACUGUAUAGAUCUUAGCUCUGAUAUUUAUGUAUGCGAGAAGGAGUUGUGCUCCAUGGAAACUGCUAUUGGAAAUUAAAUGGGCAGAUCCUUUGCAAGAAUCCCUCUUAGUUUUGAGGCUUCCACUCUGCUUGAGAUUCUCUUUAAUAGGUCAUUAAGUUUAAAAAAAUUAAGAUGUCUCUUUUGAAAACUGUUUGUCUAAAAUAGGACUAAUUCAGCAAAAAUGCAUAACAGAUGCAAAAAAAGCAGACUAUUCAGUUUGACAGAAGAUUCAGCGCAA